AUGUCAUCGCCACUUGAUGAUCAGGCUAUGAGCCAGCUACAGUCUCAACAGUCAGAGCUGCUAGACAAGAUUGACGAGCUGCGUGCUAUUGGGAUUGGAGGCCUCGUGGGGCUGCCUCAAAUCAUCGUCUGUGGUAAUCAGUCUAGUGGAAAAAGCUCCGUACUGGAGGCAAUCUCCAGAGUGCGCUUUCCAUCCAAGAGCAACAUCUGCACUCGGUUUGCGACCGAAAUUGUUCUUCGCCGAAGCCCUACCGAAAAAAUCAAAGUAUCCAUUGAGCCUGAGGAUUCCAGGAAGGAUGAGCAGGAACAACAGCGCCUCUGA